CCCAAACACAAUCUUCCCCUUGAAUUAUCCUCGCGUCAAAAUUACUUUUGCACCUUCCCACACAGCAUACAAAAUAUCCACUGAUCGUUGAGAACGUGGUCUCUAUUCUGAACACUUCAGGGACACGUGCCGAGUCCCCAUAUCAACAAACGCGUGGUACCCGCUUCACCGACUGCACCAACGCGCUGGGGAACAACACACCGCCCACAUGCCACAGUCGGCGGGGGCCACCCCUCAGCGGCGAGUGACCCGAAGUCAGAGUCGGGAACUCAAUGAUCCGAACUAUGGAAAACAGUCUCCGUCAAAGGCUGCCCCCCGUGCCUGGUUGCAAGGUCGGGCUCGGGUCAAACACCUGACUCCGGUGAUUGAACAAUCGCCCAUCAGCUCUCAUCGCACUCCAACCUCACGGGUGAGCUCCUCGGUAGUGCCAGACACACCAGCCCAUGAGGAGGGCAAUACCAACAUUUCCGGUACGACUUUUUUGGCUCAUGACUCGGAUCAUGGCUCUGAAUCCGACUCUGAGGAGGGUGGAGUCGAUGCUGUCGACAUGGCCGACGAGCUGCCAGAUCUUCAACAGGCGUCCACUCGCCUGCUAGAGCUCGUUGGCACGAACUCUUCAGAUGCCAAGGGCAUCUGCGAGGUCGCAAAGCGGAUUGCCACUCCCGCUCAUGCCGACAAUAAGCGGUUCAAGCGCGUCUACAAAAAGCUGGCGGACAGCAUGAAGGUUUUCACCAGUGAAAGCUAUAUCGAAGUGGCCCGUGUGUCUCAAAUGAUUCCAUCUGUCACUACUGAAGACGCUCCUGAGCCAUGGGACCCAAGGCCAUACCUUUACAGAGCAAACUGUGCUUGGCUAGCACUAAGCACUCUUUCCGCUGCCGUUCGUUCUCAAACCCAGGUGCAAGCGAUCAAGAAUCUCGAUCGGCAAUUCCCUGCUCCUUUCAUGAGUCAAAUGGUCCGACCCAAGGAAAAGCUGACAGGUGGUGGAAGCUCUGCCAUGAAGGCCACCGUUGACCUGGCUCUUGAAAUUCGAACGCAAUUCUUCAUCACGGAGCUCGAGAAACGUCAAGUCGAGAAAGGAUUCAAUGCCCAAUCCGUUCUAAAGGGGGUAUUUUACCAUGAUCUUGCACUUGAUGAAGCUGACGAUUCGUCGCUGAAUGCUGGCUCCCUUCGAGGGUUCAAUCUUCCAGGGACAUUUGAAGACGAGAAUGGCUGUCUUCCCGACAGUUUGCAUGAUGAGGUCAGCGUACGCAUCGACGAGCUGGAGACUUCUCUCUUUGAUGAUGAUGAUAAUCUCGAUUUGGAAGGUCUUAAGAAAAUCUUCAGCUGGCGCCGGUUCUGUCUGCGUGUUGCACGCUUUGUUCAGUUGCGAGAGCAAGAAUUCAAGGCGACCAUCGCUUUCCAGCCCAAGAUGGAUGACGUGCAAGUGUUGGUGGUCAAGGCGAUUCAUAGUCGCGCGGAUCCAAACGGGGUUGAAUCGCCCGUUCAUUCAACGCUCGUGGAUCCUAACCAUGCAGGACCUCUCACCACAUUGAACGAGGGCCCAGGUGAAGUGACCCAGAAUGAAGAAGUCGAAAUCGAAGAGAGCGCAAGCGAAGACCUAGCCCAUCCAGAUAAAGUCCAUGAAGAACCAGUGGCUGAACAGCCAGCGCCGAAGCCAUCGCCACAGAGCGUGCCAGGCAGGCGAAAAUCAAACAAAGGUAUUUGGCGUACCGCUGAUGCAAUGGACUACCUUGCGAAUAGUCUCAACGCCAGACGUCAAGAUGUGGCUACAUUGGAAUCACAGCCCGGAAAUGCCGGGAAAGGAAAAGCCGCCGUCGUUCCGGACUCCCCACAGGGCAUUAGUGUAACUGCUGAUCGCGACGAAAUCGCUGGGACUCCCGAGCGCGAGCCUCCCACUAAUCGGUCAGCCUCCCCUCAACAUGCGGGGUCGACUACACAGGAUGAUCACCCUACCUUCAAUCCGCUUGAGGACGAUCUGGUUUUUGAUCAGCCACAUGAGGCAGUCAUGUCUGCGAGCCCUCGUGGCUCUGAGCGAAUCAAUCGAGUCAGCCACUAUCCAGGCCGAUUCUUUGAUAGUCCUUCGGCAGCUCAGGCAAAGCCAUCAUCACCACGCCGUUCAGUUUUCGAUCGGCAAGCAAAUGCCUCGAGGGUUAUCUUCUCGCCCGGAGGCUCCGAGGGUUCUCAAGGUGCAGGGAGCCCUCACGAGCCUGCCAAGCGACCAAGCAUGCCACCCCCUCCCACCAGUCUGGGCCCGUCACGAAAGCGUGGCCGAGGAGAUUCGGAUGAUGAUACGACGAGCGAUGAUGAUGACUUUGACCGGGACACUCGCGAUCACAACAUCUCCCAGCGCAGAGCUCAGAUUCCCGAACGAGCACGCCCAAGUGAGAAGCGGCAGCGUGUGAGCAACGAGGAAGCUAGCCCUGCCGGACAGCUGCAUGAAGAUCUAGCCGCCAGCCAAGAACAGUCGCAACUGACAAGAUCCGAGGUUCCCAGUCCCGCCCCGGCUCGACAUGAAUCUCGUUGGCGCGCGGAAAACUCCACUAUAAGAUCAUCACAUCCAUCUCCUGUUAUCCAUACCACUGGCCACAGUGCCCGGAGAAGAUGGAGUGAAGAGGAAGAUGAACGUCUUAUCAUGCUCAUAGCGCGACACGGCACUCAAUGGGCUGUGAUUCAGCGCCAGGACCAAAUCUGUCCUGCUGUUGAUGGAGGGCCAAAGCUCAACGGUCGAACCCAAGUGAAUAUGAAGGACCGGGCACGCAAUAUCAAGCAAAAAUACAAGAGGAGCGGCAUGGAUUUGCCAACUAAUUUUGACAAAGUCAGUGGCUGAACUAAAUCACUUUUGCUCGCUUGAACCUGGCUUUUGGCGAGUUUGCGCUUAUGAUCAGUCGCACGGGUUAAUAUAUGGUGCUGAUCAAGUGUUAUUUUCUCAUUCGUUUACUCCUAUACCCUUUUACUGUUACGAUGGCUUGUUUCAUUGUUCAUACUUUGAGUUUAUACUGCACAUAAACAACGUUCUCACUGCAAAUAUCCAACAUUUUCAUGUCGCACUCGCCUUCUUCCUAAUUGCUGCCCAAUUAAUCUGUCAUAGGAUAUAGUUUGGUAGCGAAGAGAAUGAAGGAACACGGCUUAACCUGGG